AUGUCUCAGCGGUACUCGGACAGCUCCGUGGAGGAGAAGCUCCUGGAAUACCGCUUCCACUCGGAGUUGCGGCUAGAUGCCAAGGGGAACCCAGCAUCCGGGCUCCCAGUGGUCCGCAGCUCCCUGCAUAGCAGGAGCAAUGCCGCCUUCCAGCCCGACACCCCGGCACCCCCAGAGCCGGCCCCUGAGUCCCAGGAGCCCAGGACUGUCAUCCUGAGCACACAGAGCCCAGCAGCCCUGAAGAUGGGCACACAGCAGCUGAUCCCUCGGAGCCUGGCUGUGUCCAGCAAGGCUAAGACCCCGGCCCGCCACCAGAGCUUCGGGGCAGCCAUGCUCAGCAAGGAGGCUGCCCGGCGGAACCCCCAGCUCCUCUCAGCCCCCAGCUUCUCCCUGGAUGACAUGGACUUGGACACAGGUCCCGGGGGGAUGCUGAAACGAAACCUGAGGAACCAGUCCUACCGGGCAGCCAUGAAGGGCCUGGGGACUCCGGGUAGCGAAGAGGCCCCCGUCCAGCUCACCCCCAAGCUCCAGGCUCUGGCUGAGGAGCCUAGCCAGCCUCCUGCUCGGCCUGCAGCCAAAAAUAAGAAGACGCUGGGGCGGAAACGUGCACACAAGGGCUCCUUCAAAGACGACCCCCGGUUGUACCAGGAAAUCAGGGAGCGAGGCCUGAACACCAGCCACGAAUCUGACGAUGACUUGCUCGAUGAGCCCCCCAGCCCCGAGGGAACCCGGAAAGUGGAUGCCCCCAUCGUGGUCAAGAGCUACCGGCCCCCCCAGAUCACCUGGAGCCAGCUCCCAGAGGUGGUGGAGUCGGGCAUCCUGGACCAGCUUUCAGCCGAGGAGCGCAAGAGGCAGGAGGCCAUCUUCGAGAUCCUCACGUCUGAGUUCUCGUACCAGCACAGCCUCGGCAUCCUGGUGGCCGAGUUCCUGCAGUCCCGGGAGCUGCGGGCGACCAUGACCCAGAUGGAGCACCACCACCUCUUCUCCAACAUCACAGACGUCCUGAGCGCCAGCCGGAGAUUCUUCGAGGACCUGGAGCGGCGGCACAAGGCACAGGUGUGUGUGGAGGACAUCAGCGACAUCCUGGAGGAGCACGCGGAGCAUCACUUCCACCCCUACAUCUCUUACUGCUCUAACGAGGUCUACCAGCAGCGUGCCCUACAGCGGCUGACAAACAGCAACGCCACCUUCCGGGAGGCCCUGCGGGCAAUCGAGCAGCGGCCGGCGUGCGGGGGUCUGCCCAUGAUUUCCUUCCUGAUCCUGCCCAUGCAGAGGGUCACCCGGCUGCCCCUCCUGACCGACACACUCUGUCUCAAGACGCAGGGCCACCCCGAGAGGUACAAGGCAGCCAGCCGUGCGCUCAAGGCCAUCAGCAAGCUGGUGAAGCAGUGCAACGAGGGUGCCCACAAGAUGGAGCGCACAGAGCAGAUGUACACGCUGCACACACAGCUGGACUUCAGCAAGGUCAAGUCCCUCCCGCUGAUAUCUGCCUCCCGAUGGCUGCUGAAGCGUGGGGAGCUCUUCGUGGUGGAGGAAACUGGGUUGUUCCGGAAACUCGCCAGCCGGCCCACGUGCUACCUGUUCCUGUUCAAUGAUGUCCUGGUGGUCACCAAGAAGAAGAGCGAGGAUAGCUUCAUGGUCCAAGACUAUGCCCAGGUGGACCAUAUCCAGGUCCAGAAGAUGGAGCCCUCGGAGGCCUCUCUGCCAGGGGGUGGCAACCGCAGCUCCUCUGUUCCGCACCCCUUCCAGCUGAUCCUCCUGCACAACAGCGAGGGCCGCCGGGAGAAGAUCCUGCUGUCCUGCGACUCCGCGAGUGACCGCGCACGGUGGAUCACAGCACUCACGCAACGGGAGAGGCAGGCGCGGGGCCCCCCAAACAAAGGAGACCUACUCCAGGUGGAGAUCACUAAGGCCUACCUGGCCAAGCAGGUGGACGAGAUCACACUGCAGCAGGCGGACGUGGUCUUGAUCCUGGAACAGGAAGAUGGAUGGCUCUAUGGUGAGAGGCUGCGGGAUGGAGAGACGGGCUGGUUCCCCGAGGACUUCGCCCAGAGCAUCACCAGCCGCGUGGCUGUGGAGGGCAACGUGCGCAGGAUGGAGCGGCUGCGUGUGGAGACGGACGUGUAG